AUGCCGAGUCCUGCCCCUGAGGCAACCGGUCACGAGACUGAUAAGAGCGUUGACAAUAUCUCGUCUGAAUCUCGUACGAAUGAUAAUACUGUGUCCGUGUCUCACCGAGGCAUUUCUCCAACUGAUCCCGGAGACAACACUGGUUUAGUGGCAACAAAACAGUUCAGGGCACCUAUCGCCAAAAGGAUUUCGGCUAGAUCGCCUAUUCUGCAACCAUCCCCUGUCUAUUCUCUUCAGAGCCAAGUCUCUAGCCUCCGAUUAGAUGCGCAUGAGGACGAUGAUGAGACAGAGAUUACACCCGCCAGCCGGCCCUCUGAGCAAGCCCUGUUUAGCCAAGUCCUGACCUGGCUCCAGCAGGAGCAGAGUAGGCAGAGAGGUAGUAUCGAUGGAACCGUUGCUGCAAGCAGCAAUGGCUCGCUCCAUCUCGAGGGCAAACGGCAUUCGGUUGGUUCCGAAAAGGGACUUGCGCUAGAUCAGCUAGAGACGAUUCUUCAACACUACGCCGCAGCGACAAAGGAUCAGACGAGUCCGCUUCAGCACAGACGGUUGAAGAAACAUCGUUCUAGACCAAAAGGGCUAAGGAGAGGAUCAGGUUCCGACUCGGACUAUUUUGAUGAUGCAGUUGUGCCUGGUGUCGAUGCCGUACUGGACAAUUCCAAAACGUUGGCAUAUACUGGCGGUGCAGUGUCGACGGAUCAGCUCACGCUCACUUCCGAUCAUCGUAAUCGGUAUAUGAAAGACCAACAUCAUUGGUUGGUAUUCAAGGCGGAGAUUUUACGUUUGAUUCAUACUUUGCGGCUCAAGGGAUGGCGCAGAGUUUCUAUGGACGAUAGUGCGGAUCUUGAAAUUACUCGUCUCAGUGGCGCACUUACCAAUGCGGUCUACGUUGUGAAGCCGCCGCCACCUUCGCCUCCGACACCCAAUGCUGAUGGGACUGAAAAGCUGGCUCCUAGAAGGCCUCCUCCCAAACUCCUUCUCCGUAUAUACGGACCGCAAGUAGAACAUCUCAUCGAUCGAGAUGGAGAACUUCAGAUCCUUCGUCGACUGGGAAAGAAGAAUAUUGGACCACGAGUACUCGGCACAUUUAAAAAUGGAAGAUUCGAAGAGUUCUUCAACGCUCAUCCGUUAACACCUCAAGAGUUACGCAACCCUCAGACUUCAAGACACAUAGCGAAACGUAUGAGAGAGCUUCAUGAUGGGAUUGAACUGCUCGAAAACGAACGUCUGAAUGGACCAGCUGUGUUCCGGAACUGGGACAAAUGGGUCGAUCGCUGCGAGCAAGUGAUUUCUUGGCUGGACAAGGAAAUUCUGCUAGACCGUCAAGAUCGAUCAGAGCCAUGGCGCAAACGUGGUUUGAUAUGUGGUGUACCGUGGGCGACUUUCCGAAAAGCUGUAGAAAAUUAUCGACUUUGGUUGUUUGAUCAUCUCGGUGGUAUCAAAGAGGUCAAGCGACAGUUGAUUUUUGCUCAUAACGAUACCCAAUAUGGCAACCUUCUUCGACUCGAACCUGAGGAACAAUCUCCAUUAUUACUGCCGGCUAAUUCCCACAAACAACUAGUUGUAAUAGAUUUUGAAUAUUCGGCAGCCAAUGUACCUGCCCUAGAAUUUGCAAAUCAUUUCACUGAAUGGUGUUAUAACUAUCACGACGCCGAACGGUCUUGGGCUUGCAACACACGUGCAUAUCCAACGCCAGAAGAGCAAUACCGAUUCAUCUCCGCAUACGUCUACCACCAUCGACCUCAGCAACAAGGCAUGGGGACUUCUCCACUAGCCACGCCAGAUAUUGCACCAUCAUCCAUUCCCACGCCGCGAUUGGCGCCAUUUUCCCUCGAUGCACCAGCCAUGAGCCUAUCAGCGACGACCUCUGACGGCCCACAGGACAGACAGUUGUACGAAGAAACCUCCGAAGCUGAAGUACAGCAAUACAUGCGGCAAACGCGGUUGUGGCGGGUUGCCAAUUCGGCUCAAUGGGUUGCAUGGGGCAUCGUACAGGCUAAAGUGGCCGCAUUGGAAGAAGAGGAGGCGGCCCAAGCUGCUGCUGAUAAUGCUUCUACUUCUGCAGUGGAGUCAACCCCUGAUCCAUCAGCCAGCCAAGAAUUUUUGCAAAAAAUUGUCGAAGAAGCCGAAGAAAGCGAAUUCGAUUAUCUAGCGUACUCGCAGGACCGCGCGCUUUUCUUUUGGGCUGAUGUGCUCUCUCUGGGCCUCAUUCGUGAGAAUGAGUUACCUGAUGAGCUGUUGGAGGUUGUCAAGCCGCGAAUGAUCAAUUACUGA